AUGAAGGGGGUCGAUAACUCAAUAUCGGAUCACGAAGGCAUGACACACAAACCCAUUAUAACAUGUGCAGGAGAUUGGAAUUUAUUUUGUACACUUGAACAGCCGCUGGUAGCUGCAAUACCACAAGAUUCUUGUGAAUGGCGAAGAUCCUAUGGCCGUAUAACUAAAUUAGUGUCUUUAGAAGCAUCCUUUAUAAAAUUUAAUAAGGACAAAUUGAAAACAGAGCUCAACCUUUUGAACCGACCUAUUUUUCACAUUUAUUGGACUGAUUGUGUGGAUAUAGAAUAUUACAAAACCACAUUGAGAGAAGAUAUAGAAGUAUGGCUGAAACAGUUAGAAAAACACAAUAUUACGGACUGGAUGAUAGUAUUAGUAGAGACUUAUGAUAUAAGAAAAACAAAUAAACUUCUUCCAAGAACUACAGUUUUAGAUAAAAUAAAAGGAGAUUUUGCUGUUAAACAGACAGAAGACAGGUUUAUUUCAGUUAUUAAUCCUAUAAAAUCGGAGGCCAGAAGUGCGGAUUCAUGGAGAACUUUAGUGGCGAAAGUGAGGCAUUUGGUUUUAGUCGCAUACAAUAAGGCUUUGAUAAAAUUUGAAGAACACAUGAGAGAACAGAGAGAAAGAAGGAAUGAUCCAGAAUGGGAUUUUUGUAAAUAUUUUAUAUUGCAGGAGCAAUUAGCAUUUGUUCUUGAGAUGCUCGGUUUGUAUGAAGAAGCUCUAGUCCAGUAUGAUGAAUUAGAUGCUUUGUUUUCUCAAUUUGUAUUAAAUUCAAAUGUAACAGAGAGUCCAAAAUGGCUUGAAACAUUCAAACAGCCGAUCACAUCAUGGCAGGCAGUGAGAUUAACGGCUUUAGUGCCACAGAAUUUAAGAGAAUUAAUAAUUAAGAAUAAAGCAUCUCUAUUAGAUUUUAGAAGUUAUUUAUUUCAACGACAAAGUGCCAUGUUAUUACCUACUUUUAAGCCAUGGGAGAUAGCAUCCCGAUGUCUAACCACAGUUCACAAUACACUGGUUGAGGUGUCUCUGUUAGGAGCGCAUGCUGUGGAUGGAGCAGCGGCUUGCUGGGCUCACUUGGCCUGUGUUGAAACAUUGAGAGCGUGUGAAAGAUUAUCAUCCACUAAUAGUGCGCUAGAGGCGUGUACGGCAAUGCAUGCUCCUUUAUUGCAUAAUGCUAAAGAUAAGUUACAUGAAUUGGGCAAGCUAUGUGGACUUCUCCCCGGAUGUCCAGACCCUACAUCAGAACAGCUACACUUAGUGGUGAUGCUGUCAGCUGGUAUGGGGGAUAGUGAACCAAAUCAACAAACACCGACGGACAGAUUGAAAGAAGCUUUAUGUAGCAAGACCAGCUUCCAGAAUUAUUAUCUAGAAUUGGCUGAGUUGGCUAUGGGAACUUAUAAGCAUAUUGGAAGACUUAGAUUUGCCCGUCAGAUAGGUAGAGACCUGGCCUCGUUCUACUCCGAACUGGGUGAGAGUAGUAAAGCCGUGGUUUUCCUGACAGAAGCUCUUCGCUCUUAUGAAGAACAGGGCUGGAAAGAUUUGGCCGCGCAGACGAGACUCGAGCUGGUGGCUGCAGCUUAUAAGAUGAAGGAUAGAGAUAGAUAUACAAAGCUCUCAGCUAGGAUAGCCAGUACAGCGGAAUUAGAAAUUCUAGUAAGGAAUUUCUAUUUUGAAGAAAUGAUGAAAUCUAUAAAGGAAACUGAUAAACAGGAAUCAGUGUUAACCGAGCUCAAUGACUGCUUUAAAAUAGUAUCAGUUAAUAUACUGCCGUCCGAACGUGGUGUCUACAUCACUGAUAAUAAGGUUCAAUGUCGCUUGGUGAUUGAAAGUUUUAUGCCCAAAGAUGUUUUAUGCAAUAAAGCGGCUAUAUGUGUUGAUAGUGUGAAGCAAGAUAAGACUCCGAUGAAGACUUAUAAGACUGAUCUAACUGUAGGCAAACAAUCUAGUUCACCGAGGAAGUCUAAUAUGGAUGUUGUUGAUAGUGAUUCCAAUAGUUUAGUUACUAGUAUAAGACUAGAAGAUUUAAAAACAAAAAAUUCAUUCCUUAACAAAAUGAACAUAACGUCUAAAUUGCAUUACAAAGAGGAUAGGACACUACAGAAGGCUACCGUAGAAUGUUCUAACCCAAAAGUAACUCUAAGGAGAUCAGACAGCAGUAAAUAUAGAAAACCCUCUGCUACUAUACGGAAUAACUACGAAACGUGUUUAACAACUGACAAUAUUAUAUUGAAACCCGGUUUAAAUGAAAUACUACUUGAAUAUGUACCAAAGUUAUGUGGUUUAUUCAAAUUGGGUCAAGUUUCAUUGUUAAUUGAGGGUAGACUUGAAUUUCUAUCGAAUGCAUUAAUACAGUGCAAGCUCGGUUAUGACGUGGAGACGAGAGGUGUCAGUGUGUACUUGAAUAAAGUUGAACCAAAAAAGGAUUUGGUUGCCGGCUUAGAGGAAGAUGUUGAAUUGGUUGUUACCAGUGGCAGUUCUAGAAUUGAAGAGAAUUCAGUAAUUCAGUUAAAAACAUCGACCGGUCUUCAAAUCCGAUUCGCUGAUUCAACUCUGACAAGAGAGUUGUCUAUACCGAUAGAAUCAAUAGAGCCAUUCCAAACUACCAAAGUAGGGCUCAAGUUGUUUGCUAAUCUUCAACCGAGAAGGGAAAAAAGUAUAGAACAUACAGUUUGGCUUCAUUGUCCAUGGUGGGAAACCGUGACAGAGGUGCCCCUACACUUCACACCUCCCAUGAUAGCCUCUUGGAGGUUACUGACAUCCAACACAAGGAAGUUCAUUCAUAUCACUCUGAAAUCAACCAUCGUGCAUCUCGCUCAGUUUGUACUGAGUGACCCUAUGCUAGAGUGUGACAAUGAUAAUACUGUGGCGGAUUUGAAUCCUAAGAACGCUGGGGAUAUGAUAGUGGCGUCAGAUGGCACCACUAGUUCAUUCAUGUGGGAGCUCCUUAAAGAUCCUCUAGUAAAGGCUGGGCCGAUGAAGGCAGUGUUCAAGGUCAACUAUAGAUUAGUAGAAGAAGAUAUAUCCAGACAAUUUACCUGCCCUUUCGAUAUACAAGACUACACUACUCUAUUUGUUGUGAGAACUAAGUUGGAGCCGUCCAAGGGUUCAGACUUCUGUAGAGCGUCACAAGUCUGCUGUUUACAGUUGACUGUUCAAAGGGUAAAUGAAACAGAGCACACUUCUCUUAUGUACGAAGUGCUUGCGGAUCAAACCAUGUGGGCGGUGCUGGGACGAACUGCGGGUGUUAUAACAAUGGAGUCCAGUUCUGAAGGUCAAUGUGUGAAUUUGGAUGUAAUGCCGUUAGUUGCUGGAUACCUUCCACUACCCGCUGUAAGAUUAUCCAAAUACAUCGCGGCUAAUACUAGAGAUCCAUCAUCCCAUCCAAGGUUGGAGCCGUUCAGCCCUGGCCAGGUGUAUCAUGCUGGGAAGGCGAGACAAUUACACGUUCUGCCACCACUCACCAAAGAACAUGACAAUAUAUGA